AACCGCCCGGACGCCCGCCCCGGCACCCAAACAGCGGCGGGUCCGGCGGGGAGCGCGGCGGCGGGCGGGCCCAUGGGCGCGGCGUGAGCGGGGGGCAGCGGCGGCGGGGCUGGGCGGGUUGCCGUGCCGCGUCCCGGCGAGCGCGGGCCGCCAUGGAGGUGUGCGACAGCGGGGAGCAGCCGCCGCUGCUGCACUGGGAUCGCAAGCUGAGCGAGCUGUGCGAGCCCGCCGACCCCGACGCGCUGCUGGGCCACACGCACUUCACAGAGUUCCUGGAUGAGUUUUCACCAGAUGUCCUAGGCCAGCUCUUGAAUGAUCCUUUCUUAUCUGAGAAGAAUGAAAUAAUGGAAGUGGAAUUGUCUCCGGCUUCCCCAGCACCUCUCAUCCAGGCAGAGCACAGCUAUUCCUUGUGUGGGGACUCUCGGCCCCAAUCUCCCCUGACCCACAUCUCGACCGAUGACAACUUCAAUGAAGGUGAUCUGGAAAAUGAGGAAUGGUGUUUGGGUACCGAGCUGCCUCCACCUGCAGUAAAGACUGAGGCAGUGUUGUGCGAGACAGCAGGCCUUACUCCCUCUGUCAGUCUCACUGUCAUGGCCACAUCGCUGGAGGGAGAACAACCUGAACUACAGACUGAUGGCAUGAUGAAACCACUGAGCCAGAAGGUUCUUCCAGAGAUUAAAUUGGAGCCACAUGAAGUGGAUCAGUUCCUGAACCUGUCUUCUAAGGAAGCAAUGGAUCCCCUGCAUUUACCUCCAACCCCUCCCAGCAGCCAUGGCAGUGACUCUGAGGGUGGGCAGAGCCCAGCUAGGUCUCUCCCUCCUUCAAGCCCAAUCCAGCUACAAGCCACGGCUAAAGUGACAUCACGUACAGCCUCAGCGCUCUCCAAUUCCCCUCUCCUGACUGCGCCACAUAAGUUACAGGGGACCGGCCCACUCAUCUUGACAGAGGAGGAGAAGAGGACACUGAUAGCAGAGGGGUACCCAAUCCCUACUAAACUGCCCCUGACAAAAGCAGAGGAAAAAGUGCUGAAGAAAAUCCGCAGGAAAAUAAAGAACAAGAUCUCUGCUCAGGAAAGUAGAAGAAAAAAGAAAGAAUACAUGGACAGCCUGGAAAAAAAAGUUGAGACCUGUUCAAAUGAAAAUAGCGAGCUGCGUAAGAAGGUUGAAGUCCUGGAGAAUACUAACAGAACGCUUCUGCAGCAGUUACAGAAACUCCAAGCCAUAGUUGCUGGGAAAGUGUCCCGUUCGUGUAAGGCAGCCAGCACGCAGACAGGGACCUGUCUUAUGAUGGUGGUGCUGUGCUUUGCAGUAGUUUUUGGCAGCUUCUCUCAGAGCUAUGGGCCCUAUCCGUCUGCCACAAAGAUGGUGUUGCCCAGGCAGCAUUCCUCGCCAGAGUCGUACACAGACUCCGUCGUGAGGUCAAGGAGUCUGCUAAUUUAUGAAGAGCCUCACCAACUGGAGGAGUCGUCAAGCCCAAUCUCCUUUGCAGAUCGUAACGACAGACACGCAGACACCUCCAAAUACACAGCCCUGUCUCUGGAAGCCGUGCCGGGGGGACAGCGAGAUGAUAUCAUGCAGUUCACAAUAGCCAAUGAGACAAGGCUAGAGAAAUCGGUACUGCUGGGCCUGCAGCAGCACAGGGUCAGCUCAGAACUCGAAGGAAAUGAAACACUGAAGAUAAUUGAAAUAGAUAGAAGAGUCAAUGCCACCUCUUAAAAACAAACAAAAAAGGCCUUUUUUCUUCACUUUCCCUUUUUCCCCCAUAUUUUCAACCAAAGGUGCCCCCCCAACUCCCUGCCUCUCCCACCCACCCCCCCCCCCGACUUGUCAUCCUCAGUGAACCAAAGCACAAAAGAGAGGGAGUUCACCAACUUCUUCAUUGACUGAUGUGGCUGUGACUGCAGAUGGCAUCUUUUGUCCCUGUAACUCCCAUCCUCACUUAACACAUCCUUGUCUUUGCUUUUAUUUCUUUCCUGUCUGAUGCUGCAAGGACAGGACUGAAUUAUGAUGGCAGAUGAUGCCAGCAGUGUACUGAUGAUUGAUCUGUGUGUGUGCAUGCACACAUCCUAAUCUGAGCACAAAGACAUUCUGUAGAAGAGUGGGAUAUGCAAAACCGAUGGGAGCAUGUGGGUGAUAGGUUACCUGGGAGAAGGAAAUCAAGAGAAAUAAGAGUUGCGGCAUGAUGCUGCUCAGAAUCAAGCCACAGCUCCAUGCCUGCUGGUCUGUAACACUUGAGCCUUUUUGAGGGGAGUGAGAAUUGUGUUCAUGGUCUGCUUCUGAAGGCACAAGAAUGGACACACACUGAGUCAACAGCACAGGCAGGAGAGGGAUGCGCAAUGAGUGUUGAAUUGUCCUCUCCUAGCUCUUUCUCUCUUCCCCCUUCAGACCUUCAUCAUUUAGUGGGUUCGGUUUCUUGUUGGGUUGGAAGUAGUCCUGGUAGGUUUCCCUACUGCUUUACCAUCCUUGUGGAAUUCAAGCAAAGAUCAGUCACUGUCUUGUCACACUUUGCAUAUGUGGGAAAAUUACACCAGUUUAACUAAAUCUGUUUAGAAAGCAGGUUUUGUUAAAUUUAUGCAGUGUUUUGGGUGGAUGUCCUUUAGUCUGCUUAAGGCUAAUCUGUUUAGCGUAAAUCAAUUCUUUGCCAACAUAAACGAAAUCAGUGUAAGACUUAAAACAAAAGUGCCUCUUGAGAAGACUAUGGAUUUAAUUUAUUGGCUUCUAGAUGCAUUGAUGGAAUUUCUCAUGUAGACAUGGUUUCAGAUUGUUCUGUGUUUUCCUUUCCUCGCCACCCUCCUGUUACUGUUGUAAAUAGUAUUUAUUAGCUUUGCAAGAUUUUGUUCAAGCAGCUGCAAUGAAGAGAAUAGAGCUUUCGUAACCCUGCAAGUGGUCUGGGCAAACUCUGAAACCGGAUAUACAAAAAUCACUGACCACCACUCCCUUCUCCCAGGCUUGAAUUCUCUAAAGUAAGUGUUAGAAAGUCAUGAGUCUCUUCUUCCUCUUGUCUCCUUUUCCAGAGACACAGGAUCUUAGAUGAGCCACUUAGCCAAAAAGGUAAGGGUAUGUGUAGCCCCAGCUAGGCACGGUUCAGGCUUGUACAGCCCAGAGGUGGUAGAUACUGAACAACUGUAUGGCAAGACAGUCCCUGACCUGAGAAGUUGAAUAUGUAGGCAGCAGACGAGAUGGAAGAGGGAUGGGAUAGGCACAUAAGGAGAUGAAGUGACUGGCCCAAGAUUAGUGGAAAAAGCAAGAGUGAUACUCAAGUCUGAUCCUGUCCAGUACUGUUCUUAUGGAAAGAGUAUGGAGAGUAAACUCUGUUAUGUUUCCUUGCAAGCACUAUAUUGUCCCUUGUAGCUGCUGCCUUGGGGGUUUCUCCCUCUCUCAGUACCCUGGUCAUGCCUUUGCCUGAGCUGUGCUUCUGCUCACAAUUUGUCCUUGGAGUGGCACAGUCAGACCUGCCCAGGAUUUCCAGCAGGUUGUAUCUAAUUACUACAAGAGGGCACUCAGACUCCAUAGAGAAUGAGUUUAAUGUGAAAACCCUAGUUCAACAGCCUAACGUGGCUGCUUUGCAGUUUACCAGAAAAAUGCAAUUAAAAUUUUUUUUGACUCGCCUUUUUUUUUUCCUCUCAUGAUAAGGGAGAAACUAAUCUAGCCUUACAAGUUAUUUUUUACAUGUACAGUAGAUAUUUCCUGCAGGUAUUCUAUUUUGUAAAGUACUGUGUUUGUAUUUUAUUAUAGCUACUGCCAUACCAGCUCCCCUCUUAUUCUUCAUUCUCCUUUCCUAGACUUUCUUCUUUUGCUACCCUGUUUGCUGCCUCUGUGUCUGACUCAAAACUGAGUGAAAUGAAUGGAGAGAGUCCAGUGAAUUAGUCGGCUUUGGAUCAGUCUCCGCGGUGCUGUUUUAAGGUCUUUCACAUCAGUGAGUGGAACAUGCACCUGAUUCCAUGAGCUAAUAAUGAGUUUUGGUGUGCAGACAUGCCUUUGAGGUUAUGCCCUAUUUGCCUAUACAAGUGCCUUUUUAUUAUUUUACCUUUGAUGGCAAUGCCAGGAAAAAUGCCACUGUAGUCCAUCUUGCAAGAGUUCCCUUUUCGACAUGGGUCAGUAUCCUCCCUAAAGCUUCAUCUCCUUUACAGUGAUUCUGUCAGAUCCUCUGCAUUGUUUCGUUUAUUUAUUUAAUUUUUUUUAAGCAAUGAUUUAAGGCUCAACGUUAAUAAUGAAUGCCGGUGGGUGUGGCUGAGGCUGAGACACAAGGGAUGGCGGCGUUGUUUAACCACACGAGGUCAGCAAAGUGAAAGGAGAAAGCUGGGACUGACCCUUGGACUACCAUAUGGCUAGCCAGCAUAAGUGGGCAUGGUCAUAGCUUAGAAAAUUAAACCGUCUUGUUUGUGAGGUUUCUUUCUUUUUUCUUUUUUUUUUUUCCCUCCAGAGUGCUCACAGUUUGCCGCCUCUGAGUAAAAUAGUGAAUGCUUCAGACUUUUGCAAAACAGGCCCAAGUUGUCAGGCACAAUGCUGCUCUUACUAAUCUUGCUGCUUGCACUGUGCAUAAAUGGAAGGCCAGUCUGCCUGAGCUCAUAUUCAUUAUCCAGUUUAAUGUGUAACUGGAUCAUGUCCCAUUGCAGAGAUACAGCUAACUUCACUGUAAUAAAAACAAAUUUUAAUUAUUUCCCAGUAUUCCUAGGAAGAGGCAAUAUCACAAAAACCAAAUCACUUCCCUCCCUGAAACCUACUGCACUAGUCACCAUUGAAACUUUGCCUUUUCUCUUUGCUUAAUUUGGACACACUCAUUCAACUCUGAUUGGGAAAGUCACAUUUUCCUCUGAAGCAUUUUACAUUGGGCACUGUCUGGAUCAGGCCACUGAAUUAAAUCAUUUGAACCUAUAUGGCAAUACUGAUAUUUUUGUUACUGUUUGAUAAUCUAGUUCUAUAAUCUUAAUUUCUCUCAUCCUUUAAAUUAUUUCUAGGUACUCUUUUGGGAUUGCUUGAUCUAGCAUGCACAUUGUUUUGGGGUCUAUUUUUAUUAAAUAUCACUUCUUCAUAAUAAGGGAUUGGCUUUGAAAACCUAUGCUUUACUUCGGUAUGUUUGUGAUAAACUUUCUUCGGGGCUUUUAAUGGAACUGGUUUCUCGUAGACACUAGAGGCCAAAAUAUCUUUUGAGAUCACCUAUCCAUGGGCUUUUAUGCAACGAGGACCUCACAAUCUCCAGAGCUAUUUAUGCCUGUGUUAGGUACCUACCGUGAGGGACAGAAGAGGCAGGACAUGUCUGGUUGCACUGCACAACCUCAGCAGUCCAGCCGUGGGCCAAGGGUGGGUGUCGAUGCGCUGCAGCCAACGCAGGGUGGGAGCUCUAGGCGCUCUGUAUGAAGGGCGUAGAGGAGCAGUGAGAGGUAUUCAGAAAGGAUGCAAUUAUAAGUGCUUUUAAUUGGCUCAGCUGUAUUAUUUGAGGUCUUAGCCUUCUGCCAGUAUAGUUUUUCCAGUGGUCAGUAACUUGAUGCUGUAGCGUAAUGUUUAUGUAUAAACAAGGUAGGAAAAGGCCCUCCAUGCUACUUAAUUGCCGCUUCUACUAGAGGACUUAAGUGAUCCUUAGUGUCUUUAGCUGCACCCUUAUGCUGGUCCUCAGCAUGAUUUUUUACCCACUAGUAAACUUAGCUUUUGGCCCAUAGCAUUAAAAUGUGUCUAGAUGUGUCAGCUCUUUGCUUCUAGGGACAUAAGCUACGAAGGAAUGUAGGGCAUUAUUUUAUAUAUACAUAUAUAUAUUAUAUAUAAAAAAAUUCCCACAUAUAUAUAAUUAUGUAUAUGUAUAUUUAAAAGUAUCAAGCACAGAGCACGUGACAGUUCUAGGCUUGUUACCAGUGCAUAGAUAAUGUAUCUUUGCUAGGCUGUUUAUAGUUCUUUGCUGCACCUUUUUUAUUUCAUCUAUACCAUUCAGUAUUUUUCAGCAGCACAGACUAAUAGUGGAUUAAGCUGAAGUUCUUAGGCUCGAUCCCAGCUGAUACAAUGCAGCACGCUUCUCACUUACAGCUUUUGGAAGCUGCAGGUCUGAUUUAUACUGGCAGGUGACCUCUUCUGUAUCUCUCUGUAUAACGAUGUAUCACAAUACAAGCUUAUUCUUGAUUUCUCUAAUGUGGAGCUGAAAAUGAAUUAAAAGCUUUUCUUUUUUUUUUCCCCCUCCUGCUAAAAAACCCAGCAGCCCUCCACCCCACUCCACCCCAAACUAUCAGCAAUGAAUUCUGUCUAGACGCAUUUAGAAUGUAGGUCAAGUAAAUGACUGAUAUUAAUUGCAACAUUGGGAGGGAUUUCCACAGAGUAUUUGGGCUCUAGAUUUUAGCUAAUGCCAAGAGGCCAUUGUACAAAACCCAUGCAGCUAAGAACAGAAGGAUACGGAGUAUUUUUAUACUCUUGGUGACUAAAAUACUUCUUUCUCAAGUCACUAAUUAGAAAGGGAACAUUUUGUAUUUUGAAGGUGAAAUGGUAGGUCAGUACUUCAUAACUGCAGAAGUUAUAUUAGCCUAUAUAAGUAGUGUAGUUCUGUGAUGUUGCUGCUUUGCACUAUAGUGUUACGGACAAAUGCCUUUGAGGGUUGUAAAGAUGAACUGACUUAUGCGUUGAUGUAUUUACAAAUAAGAUAGAAGGAUUUGAUCAGAAUAUUGUAGCUUUCUCAUGGCCAAUAAAAUGACAGUGGAUGUACUACGAUCGCACCCUGAGCAUCUCCUUGCUAGUACUGCAUUGCUUAGGUAAUCAGCAGUGGUUGGAGACUCUAGGAUUGACAGUGGAAUUUCCACUUGUGUUUCUGGUUUUCAUGUUAGACCUUCUUUGCUCAUGUUAGACCUUCUUUGCUCUACUGAGGUAUAGACCUGAACUGACUUCCUACUUUGAAAAGAGUGCAUCUUUCAGGAAACUCUCAACUUGUGAUGUUGAAAUGGAGUAUGAAUAUUGUUUAAAUUAUUACCGAUAAUCUGGUAAUAACCAGUAAAGCCCAUGUCCAUACUUUUCUUCCAAGAGUUGGAACUGAAUAGGUGAGAACAAAACGUGGGAAAGCCGGAUUUAUAGACUGGCCUUACAGAAAAGAUGAAAGUAAUGGUAGAUGAAGGUACUCUUGACAUGACAGAGAGACUUCUCAGUUUUAAUUUCUUAAAUUAGGAAUAAUGGUCUUUUUCAUUAAUUCCUCCCCCCCUUUUUUAGCUGCUUUUCCCCUUGCUCUUUAAUACUAUGCAGUCCUUUUUAUAUAAACAAAUGUCUAUCUGACCUUUGUAAUAUACUCCAUUUUCCUUUCCAACACAGAUUUAAAAAAAAACAAAAAACUUCUAUCUUCAGCAGCCCAUAAAUAGGGGAGGAGAGGGAAGAGAGGGGAAAGCAGAGGCAGGUAGUCAGACUUUCUUUUGUUAAUAGAACUCUGUUCAUAUCUGACUUUGCCAUAUCAGAUUCUAGUUCGGUGGUGGUGAAGUAAUGGCAUCUUGCUUUCUUCAUUUGUACAGUUAGCGGGAAUGAGCGUGAGUGUAUGCGUGUGUACAUGUACACGGUGAGCAAUUAAAAUAUGUAGAUGUGUUUUCUUAAUGUACUAAGUGUCACUAAAUAAAGGCAUCUACCUGAGCACGCAGCACACGUUCCCCUUGGUGCGACAGAAAGCCUGGAUGUUUCCUUCUGAAACCUGGUCACAUUCCAUGCCGCCGAGUGUUUGUAAAGCAGUCAUGUGAAUUGCUGUCUGAGGUCUAUCUUAUUAGCAGCUGUCGACUGAAAGUUGUUGCGCUGUGUCAUUUUGUGUGUAUGCAUAGACUGUCUGCCCUUUCUGUAAGACAGCUGUGUCUCGGUACAAGGAAAUUUAGUAGGCUUUAUUGUAUCCAGCGUUCAAGUGUCAUUUUUGUUUAGUGGAAUUCCAGCUUUGAAUGCUUUUCUUUUUUUUUAAUGCCAGAAGUUAGAUAGUCUUAAAGGGGGUGACAGUUCAAGGAACACAAUUUGUUGAGUUGGUCUUCUGCUAGAGGACCAAAGGAAUCCCCCUUGCGCGGGAGUGCAAUCACCCUGAUCACCCGGCAGGCACAGUAAGGUGCAAGUGAAUGGGGUCAGUUUGCCCUCAGAGGGCCAUGCGGUGAUGUAAGUACACGAUGGUUUCUCUGAGAUUCACUGAGCUUUCCAAAGGGCAAAUUACCUGGCGUUAGGUGCUUGAAGAGAAAUAUGUUUCCAGGGCCAAAAAACAUUGCCUUGGGCCAUCAAAAACAAAACCCUGUGACUCUGAGUCAUUCUGUGCGACACCCCUAAAGCAUUUCAGCUGAUCUUUCCCCCCCUCCAAUACAUACUGAUAGAGUAUGGGUUUGUGCAAACACUUAGACAAAACUCUCUGAGUUAAAAAGGACAGUGAUACUGAACUGUGCUAAAGUGCAACCCCCUAAAUUCUUUGGUAAACUGCAUUGGAGCCUCUUCUGAUUGCAGAUAUUUCUGUUUCUUUGCAAAAAGUCUGUUUAGCUCCAUGUACACAUGUUCAACGGCCUCUCUAUUUUUGUACAAGCACUGCUCAUCUGGGUAUGUUCCCACCUGAUUGUUCACACUGCAAACAUGUCCAUUGGGGUGUAAAGAAAUUGCUGUUUUUCCUUUAAAAUUGUCUGCUUGAUUCUACAAGAGAACAGACUACCUGCUUUUGUAGCCUAAAUAUGUAUGUAGCUAAGUAAAGUAUGUUAUGCUUUUCAUUUCUUGCAAAUAAAUAUUUUCUGUAGAAAAAACAA